UGCUGGCGUGGUGGCUUGUGGAUCUAGUAGUUCCCUUACCAAGAAUGUUUAUAGAGCGCGAAGGAAAAAAAGACUAUUUUUCCCAGCAAGCUUCAGAGCGCUGGCUCGGGAACCUCACGAGGGUAUAUAAGACUCUCAGACUGCGCGGCUUUCAGACAUUUGCCGGUUACCGUUUGCAGUGCUUGUGGUGGUUGGUGUUAUUCUCCGCCCCGUAGGCGACACAGACUGAGGCUCCCCGCCUGCUAUCUCUCUGCUGCCCCUUUGCUCUGCAUCUCCGAUGAGGCCGCGAGAAGAGACUGAGGCGCCUGCUUUGGCGCUGCGCCUGGAGGAGCUGAAGCGGCGGGCGGGCGAGUGCAUCGAGGCGUCUUCGGAGCCGCUGGGCGAGCUGAGCCGGGCGAUCUGGAGCCGGCCGGAGCUGGCCUACGAGGAGCGCCAGGCCCACGCCGCCCUGACGCGCUUCUUCGCCGGCCGGCCGGCCUGGGCGGUGCAGCCGCGCUACAAGCUGGAGACGGCCUUCCGGGCGGACUGGGCCUGGGCGCCCGACGGCGGCCCCCCGGGCCUCCACCUGGGCUUCCUGUGCGAGUACGACGCCCUGCCCGGCAUCGGCCACGCCUGCGGCCACAACCUCAUCGCCGAGGUGGGCGCCGCCGCCGCGCUCGGCCUCAAGGGCGCCCUCGAGAGUCUCGCCCCGGACGGCCCCCUGCGCGCUCCCGCCGUCAAGAUCACAGUGCUGGGCACUCCCGCAGAGGAAGAUGGAGGAGGCAAAAUAGACUUAAUCAAAGCCGGAGCUUUUGAUGGUCUAGAUGUUGUUUUCAUGGCUCACCCCUCCCAAGAAGAUGCAGCUUAUUUGCCUGAUGUAGCGGAACACGAUGUGACUGUGAAAUACUAUGGAAAAGCUUCUCAUGCUGCUGCUUACCCUUGGGAAGGAGUAAAUGCAUUAGAUGCUGCUGUUCUUGCAUACAACAAUCUGUCACUUUUAAGACAGCAAAUGAAACCAACCUGGCGAGUUCAUGGUAUAAUAAAGAAUGGAGGUGUGAAACCUAAUAUCAUCCCUUCUUAUGCUGAACUAGAAUUUUACUUGCGUGCCCCUUCAUUAAGAGAACUCUCCAUCCUGACAGAAAAAGCAGAGAAAUGUUUUAAAGCAGCUGCUCUGGCCACAGGAUGUGAAGUGGAACUUCAAGGUGGAGCAAAUGAUUAUUACAAUGUGCUUCCUAACAAGAGCUUGGAAAAAGCUUACAUAGAGAAUGGGAAGAAGCUUGGCGUGGAGUUCAUCUCGGAUGAUAACUUGAAUGGACUGUCAGGUUCUACUGACUUUGGAAAUGUUACCUUUGUGGUUCCUGGGAUUCAUCCCUAUUUUUACAUUGGCUCAGAUGCACUGAACCAUACUGAGCAGUACACAACUGCUGCAGGAUCAAAAGAAGCACAGUUCUAUGCCUUGCGGACAGCUAAAGCUUUGGCAAUGACUGCGUUGGAUGUUAUUUUCAAACCGGAUCUGUUGGAAAAAGUUAGAGAAGAUUUCAGAAUAGUAAAGCUGAAUGAGGAAGGUCACUUGAAUGCACCUGAACAUGGAAAAGGGUCUGUGCUUGGUAUUGGAGCUGCAUGUGCCUCACAUUGAAGAACAGCACUUUGCAAGUUUAAACUCAAUAGAAAAUCCUGAAUUGUUCUACUUGAAUUCUGGGGAGUGUUUAAUAGCUGGAGAGAUGCUGACAUUUUAAGUGGCACAACUAAAUGACCUCAGUGUACUUCCAAAAUAUCUUUUGUCUAACAUCAUGUAACUGCCUUAAUUUGGCAGACAUGAUGAUUUUUCUGCAGUGAUUGACAAUGUGCUGAAUAUCUUAGCUUUGCAGAUUUUUGCAAGAUAUAUUUUGAAUUGCUAGUACAAUGUGUAAGAAGUUGAUUUAUUCAUAGCAAACGCUGCCUUAUCAAGGAACUGUGAAAGAUGUAUGCUCAGCUUACUAUAUACAAAAAACCAAAUGCAAUCAGGAAAAAUUAAUGUACUUGAUACAGCUAUAUGAUUUAAAAAAAACCCCUGAGGCUUGUGAAGAAGUUGAUGCCAAAGGCUUAGGUGGCUGUUACUCAAGAUGUGACCAGAUUGCCAGGCAAUACAUUUGUUUCUGCUUGCAGAAUUUCACGCUAUUGAAACUGAGAGUUCAGCAUUUGAACAUCCAGCAUUUUCUUGAUCAUUUCAUUUUUUUCCGAAAAGAUGUCUUGUAAUCUCUUGAUACUUCACUUGUAGGUAGGCACCCCUAUUGUGUACAGUCCUUACAAUUUCUCAGUCAUGUGUAUCCCAUAGUAAUUGCACAAAGAGAAAUCAGGUUUCUUGGUUCUGAUGAACUACAAAUGUAACUGCACAGAUCUUUGCCAUCUUUCUCCAGUAGCUCCUUUUGACUGCAAAAACCUGAUGCUGGGGUCUGGAAGUCUUGUGGCCAAAGUGCCAUAGGAUGCUGUAGUAGGAAAGCAAACGGGUGAAAUUGGCUUUAACUAAUUUUCAUUGGUGGAAGAGCUCCAGCGCAGAAGAUGAAAGUGAAACUGCUUCUCUCUUCCUGUAGUGGUCCUUGUGCCCCACACUGUUUAGUCUUCAUGGCUCGCCCAACCACCAGAUCAGUUUUUGAGGGGCUGCUGAGGAAGGUUGGAAAAAUGUGAAUUCCUUCUGUCUGUAGGAUGCAACCCAAUGGCUUGGAUCCAGUGGAAUAUUUCUAAUAGUAGAAGGAUUUCUGUCUGCAGGAUACAACUUUCUUGCCUCCUGUUGGAGCCCAAAACACUGCUUAGGCAAGACGGUCACCCUCCAUGGACAGAAAUUAUUCCACCCACAGAUAUAAUCCAUUGGAUCAAAUUAGGGGUGUGAACUAAAAAAAAUUGAUAUUAUUUGGAUCUAGGUAUCCAGAAUACCAUGUAUAUUCAGCAUUCCAGAUAUUAGGGUCCAAAAAUACUGAUUAGUCUUUGGAUCCACAUUUUAUUCAGGAAUCUGAAUAAAUUCAGCUCCAUUAUUUCCUAUGGGGGAACCUAUCUGGGGGCCGUUUUUUGUGCAAACUCCACCAAAAUUGCAGGGAACCUAGUCCUUUCUGUCCACUACAAACACCCUAGUUUCAAGAAGAUUAGACCAAUGGGUCCAGUUCUGUGGGAUCCUGAACAAGGUUCCUUUAGCCACUGUCUAUUGUUCAUGGGGGCGGGGUCCAAGGCUUUCAAGGGCAAAGAAUUUUAACCAAAAUCUAAGUUCAAAGGGGCAACGACUGGCCAACAGCCAGUCCCCAAUGCAAGCUGAAUCAACAAAGCCCAGCAGAACCAAUGCCAAACCAGAGAAUCCCAGCAAAACCAAAAUAAAGCAAGAGAUGCUGCUUUUUAAAAAAAUUCUGCACAAAAUUGUGCUAAGGUCCGAUGAGCGUUCUGGCUGGGCUGCUGGUUUUGGCGGGGGGCGGGGAGAUGGUUAAACGCCUAAUGUAUUCUACCUACGUUUUAACUUUGAGAAGAGCACUUUUCCCCACUUUCCCAGUGUAGAUUGAGAGAGGAUGCAGGCACACAGAAAGUCUAGAGUUGGGAAAUUGAAGAGCGGCAAGUUGACCUUGAGGAAGACCAUCUGCUUAACUCUCCAAGAGAGCAGAUGAGUGCAAUGAGGGCUGAGCAAUACCUGCUUGAGAGAAGACAUGUUCCCUCUGCAUGCUCAUUGGAGAGCAUGAGAGGUCCAGUAGAAUAGUGGUACACAACUCACAGGGCUCUGAGAGGUAAUCCCUGACUAUUGCCUUUGCCAAAAUCUGGGUCAUAUGCCUCACAUUCCCCCCCAGAGGGGCUGAACAUAUCCCCAAUGGUUUCCAUCUCCAUGGACAUCUUGGGACUGGCUGUAGAAGAACCCAGCUGAGAAAGGGAUGUAUGGGGAACUGAAGAACAGCUCUUCUCCGUCCUCUCCCUCUGUUGACAGUUCUCCUCUUGGCCUGUGUACACUGCACCCCCUGAGAGCACUCAUCUCUCAAGCUGGUGAGAUUCCUGGCCCGCUUAGCUAUGCUGCCCUUGAUCCAUGAGUUGCACAUGGUUGCCAUCAUGUACACCUUGUCAAUGAGAGAUUUCAUGCAGGACCCAGUGCCCCCUUGCAGUCUUCUCACGAGUGUACACAUUGCUAAAAACAAAGUGCACAUUAUGUGCCUGGUCUAGAAAAGUGGCAAUCUUCCUGUGAAGCAUUUGGAUCAGGACGUGGGGUAGCCAUGUCACGCGAGACCAUGACAGUGAAAUCCUUAAAGGGGUUAAGGAUCUCCACCAUCUGGGAGAUGGUCAGCAGGUCUUGGCUAAACUUACUCUCCCCCCUCACAGUGUUGCUCUCUGAGAGCCUCAUUGUGAGGGCAGCUUUCUGCUGCACCAAACACUCAAGCAUGGCAUGGGUGGAGGUCCAGCAAGUGCUUACAUUGCUGAUCAGGUGAUGCUCCUGCAUGCCUGCUAGGACCUGCAAGUACAGGUGAUAGGUAACCUUCACACUGUGCAAGAAUUGACUUGUGAUGCAGCGGCAUCUCUUUUUUUAGUAUUAAAUAUUAAGUAUUAAAUGUAGACCAAUUAAAUGUGUUACCGCUAUAGUACCAGACAAAUUCUUACAGUUCUAUGGUAGCCAAACAAAUUCACAAUUAUACCCACCUGGUCAACUUUACCAGCUCCUUCUCUUUCAAUUCUGUUACUCCCCUCUUAUUUUUCAGUUAGAUUUUGCCUUUAACCCUCUUCUUACACCCUCUGGGUAGAUUGCUGCCACCAGGAAUUAUAUUCCAAGAUAGUUAAUUUAAAUUUCCCCUUUAAUAACGUGCCCAAGCGUCAGGCUCCUUCAUGGGACUAUGUGGCCCUGAGGAUAGGAAUGUGAUAUAGAAAUAACAUAUAUUCUGGGAUGAACAAAAAAACUCAAAAUAAACUUAUUUUUACAAGAAGCGUAUCGGUUUCACACUAGUACUUAAGCUUAAUGGUUUCAAAGAUAGUUACCAGUUUUUAAAGUUUCUUUUCAUAGGAUCAAUCACACAGAUAUACAUAAACUUUCUCAGGCACACACACAGUUUGCCUGUUUCAGAUAGGUCAAUCACUCAUUCAAAUGUACAUAGACUUUCCCUCAGGCUGCACACAGCUUGCCUGUCUAAACCAAAAAACCCCUUUUCUCUCAGUAACCAAAAACUGCAGUUCACUCCACUCCACACUCUGUCAUCAACCAAUCAUCUCACUCAUCCCACUCUUUCACCCCACUCUUCAUUCGUACCAUACCAAGCAUUUAAAGACACCCACACUUAAAAAAUUACAAGUGUCUACAAUUUCUAUCUAAUAUUAAUUAAUUAAUUAAACUAAGGCUUCUCUUAGUAUAAUUCUCUUUAUACACUAGAAUUUUUAUUUCCCUUUGUAAAUCACUCUAAGCUUUACUGGCAUUAUCCAUUUAUACCUAAUAUUUGCUGCUUGUAGCUUUGUUGUUACAAAUUUCAGCUCUGUGUAUGUCUAAUUAUCGGCACCACAUCAGCCUCCAACCGCAAUUCAAAUGCCAGCCAGCUUGCUAUAUAACUUGAUAGUUCCAUAUUUCUUUCAAUUAUUCCUCUCAGCAGCAUCUCAUGAUGAGGCAGCAUCCAGUCUGGGAUCCUCAGGGAUCAGACUCAGUGCGUUCUUGAGGCCCGCCUGCACUGUCUGAACGUUUGUGCUUAUUGGUCACCCUGUGGUGGUAUUUCUACAGUCCUUGCCUCUCAGGGGCAGCAGAGAUGUCCAUUGUGUGCUCCUCAUCGAGAACCUUGGUAUGAAGUGAAGCUCGGCAGAAGCUAGCAUGGCAGCCCCCCCCCAUCUCACCCUGCUUGAAGCUGGUUGUCCCACCCCCCAGAAGGUCAUGGAGUUGCCACGAGUGCUCAGUAGCGAGAAAUACGCAUGCUGCAACUCAGGGCAGCAGCAACACAACAACAACCAACUGCAAGGUAAACCAAUGCCCCCUAACAGCAGCAAGUUAACAAUAAAAAAGCCAACGGCAAUAACAACAAAUGACCCUUGAAAUAUAAUAUAAAACUGAAACAGACAAAUAUUAACAACCGAGCAAAAAAAUCCUUCCCCCCGCUCCAAUGCAGCAGCAAAUAUUAAAUAAAACAAUACAGCAACAAAAACCUUUUAAAUAUUAAACUCAGCAAUACAGAACACAAUCCAAAGGAAAGGGGGGGAGUCCCUCCCCCAAAGAAUAACCUUUGAAAGUAAAAUAGUGGCACCAAACUCAAGUUACAGAAGCAGAAAAAUAAAAGCAAAAUUCUGCCCCAACCAAAGUAUUACCAAAAAAAAGCCCAGUGCACCCCCACAAUCAAAAGACUUGAAGGUACACAUUUUCAAAAGGAACCAGAAAGAAACAGCUAGUCCUCCUCUCUGCAUCAGUACCAGGCCAAUCCAGUGUCUUCAGCUGAUAUCCUUUUCUCAGUUCUCCAGGCAAGCAACAGUUCAGGUGGCCCAGACCCUUCAUGCAGGCAGCAGCAAAGUAAUCCACAAGGCAGAGACUCUAAGCAGCCAGAGGCUAAAAGUACUUAACAGCACACAAUCCAGAAAUCUCACUCUAAAAUGGAAUCUGUUCAGAGCCAGCCCUGUUUUUAUGUUCCUGCAAGAAUUUUGAAAAGGCUGUCCUAUCAAAGAUUCCCUGUGCUUGACCAAACAACUAAAGUUCCUCCAAAGUCACAUCCCGUUGGUCAUUCAUUCUCUCACUCCCCCUCCCUCUUGCCUCACUCCCCCCUCCCCUUGCCCUGGGGGAAAAUCCAGGGAAAACAAGCGAACAAGCUUUAAAAUGGCCAGCCCAGCAAUUCCCAGAUAAACCCAAAUAAUUCCAGAUUAUUUGGGAUUCCAAUAUUUAGCAUAUCCAAAUAUAUCUGGAUUUAUCUGAUUAUACCUUUACCUACCAAAUAAUACCAAUAAAGCAUUAUCUGGGUAUAUAUUCGGCUUGGAAAUACCACAUCACACACCCGUAGAUCCACCUCUACAAGGUAGCCAUUGGAACCCAGUUCCUCAUGAAAUGCUUAAGACAUCAGUUACUCAGCAUUCUUGCUUACCUCAGUAUUCUUACAUAUUAUAGGUUGGUGUUGUGUGUGUGUGUUUUAAGAUAUUUCUUGUAUUUACAGAAUCAAAGUAGCAAUUCUGUAAACUUGUUGCAGAAAACACUGCUAUAUAUUGUCAUGCUCUGGCAGAUUUGUAAAAGGAAAAAUAACUCGAUUGCUUAAUUCAGAUGCAAUACAAACUAGACUUGUUAAAAGAUAAAAUGUAUUACAGUAAUAGAGCUAAAACUGUAUCCAUACUCAGAGCUGUACGUUAGAUAGGUAAGAUUAUCCUUAUAAGCACCCCCAUAUGGGGGGGGGGAAUAUUCCACUUGUGUUUUUUUCCUUAUUCCAAAAGUGAGAGAAGUUUCACAUGUGCUACCUGGAAUAAUUGCAAAUACCAAACUCCAGUGUAUAUCCGCUCUUAAUUUUGUUCCAUAUUUAUAUUCAUUUUUAGAAUGGAAUUACCUAUAAUUUGGUCAGUUUGGAUUCACUGUAAGACUACCAGCAGUGCUUUUUGUAUCUGGCUGAUAUAUGGCUUUUCUUCAGAGGUCUCCUAAAAGGCACUAGCUUUCUCUCCUUCCCCCAAGCUCCUUUAUCUAGGUCUGCAAAAGCAAUAGCAAAUUUUGAGCCUGGUCUGUUGAACUACAGAAUACUGGACAAAAAGCUACAUUGGAUUCCAUGGGAAAGAGUAAGCCCUGCUACACCUGAGUUCAUGCUGAAGCUAGCACUUGAGCCAUAAGUGAAAAACCUUUGCUGUUUGCAAAUAGCCAGCCUUGAGGCUGUAUCAGUCAGUAAUCUGUGUUUACUGAGGUAGUUCCCUCCCUGUUUCACUGAGGCAUUGCCCUUUGAGCCUCAUCUAUCUUCUGUGGGUAAUAUGGAGAUACACUGUUAUAAUGCUAUGCAUUUUGUUUAAAUCCCUCAGUGUGGCAAAAAAAAAAAAAUGACAAAGCUGGUGUUUAAUUUUAAUGUCAUGUGCAAAACAGAUCACUCAAGAGAGCUGUCCAGAAAUAUACAAAAUUAUCACUUGAUUUACAUUAUUUUUCCUUGCAAGAGUAGUUCACCUAAGAGACCAGCAUGUAUCCUGCUUCUUCACAGAGCAAAUUUUAAAGCCUUCCUCCAGUUUAAAUGGCUCUUCCAUUGGAGGAAGGUUGGACACUUGCCACUACAUGAAAUGUUUGGGUUGUAAUGAAUGUAUUGGCUCCCUUUUCAGUCCAGAAUGAAUUUGUUUCUUCUGUUCUUUUGUGUAAUUAAAAACCUUGAUUUAAAACCAGUGUUCUUUCUAAGUGUUUGAUAAGGAUUUGCUCCUUUGUGAAGUAAGGCAGACUGCUCUCCUGGCUGCUUAUGAUGAAGAGUGACCUCCAGGUGACAAGGCUAGGAAUCUUCACCAAAGCUGUUUUUUCUUUUAUUUUUAGAUUAUACAUGACUAGCAUAGGCACAGGUGGGCAGAAAGUGUGUAAAAUGUCUGGUAAUAACUUCUGUAAAUGUUUGCAAAGUUGGAGUAAAAUUUUACUUUCUGCAGAGUGAGGUAGUGUAUAUUACAUUUGUAUAUAAGGCAUUAUUCACUCAGACAUGCCUGGCAAGUCAAGUGGUUAAUCCUGCAGGUACUGUGGUCAGUACGUACAUGCAUCUGUGAAGAGAAUCUGUUAUGAAUUGUGCAGUUUCUUUUUGAUGGUCAUGUAUAGGACUGAGUAAACCAUGUCUGCUUUGAUGCCAGUAAGAUAUAUUUGGUGCAGGAGAUGUAUUUGUCUUACCCUUUCUGAAGACCAAACUCCAGCAUGUGAUGAGAUCGGGCAUUUGUCAGAGCCCCAAUACAGGCAAAGGACCUAUUGCCCCACAGUGCUUCAGUCUCACUUUGUACGAAGCGUUCAGGAAGUUCAGAGGUAGUAUGGGAGAAUUCUGUUUACAUGAGUAACCACUUUCAGGUAAAAGAGACCGCUUGAGGGUGUCUUUCACAUGCCCCACCCCAAAACCUAUAAUAAUCACUAGCCUAGGGCUGUUUUUCUACUAGUAGCUUGUGUACGCUUGAGAAUUUUCAAGUCACCAAGGAGCAAAAUUGUAGAAUGUAUUGCUUUGAAUCUCACAAAGGAUAUUUGCAAACGGAAGAGAUAUUCACACCUACUCUCUGCCCUCUGCUGGCCAAACACCCCCUCCAAAAUGCUGCACCCUGGGAGAUGGGGGAAUACCCAGAAAUAGUUGGGAGGUAUCAGCGGUCUGUAGCAUGAGUACAACAAAUAUUCUCCAUGGAAUCGAAGCCAUUAUCUUUAACCUUUUCAUGGCCAUUUGUAUGUCAGUUCCUAUCCCUUAACAUGUGGCUGUGUUUAUACACAUGUAUAUGACAUAUUAAAGACUAUUUAACUUCAAAGCAUUUCACUGUGGCAUGAGAGAAUGUUUUUCACCCCAUGGUGAGACUUCCUUAUUAAAAAAUAUUUUGUUGUCUAAUUCAGUUAAUCUUUGUAUUUGGUAUAUCUUAACUGACAUUACUAAAUUAAAAAUAAGUAUCUAAUGCAUCUCUGCUUGUAUAUGCUUUAUCACCUUACCUCAUUUGUAUAUGUGCUACAUUAUGCUACAAGAAAGUACUCACUAUUUGCCCUUGGCAAGUGUUUUGUGUUCUAGGUACAAAACUAGGCAGUAUAUUUCACUAUGCUCACUAGCUUGGCUAACCGGUUCCCCAGUUAAUGUCAAAAGCUUGCAUUCACACAUGUUGGUGAAAUAAAAUGGUAUUUUCAAGGCCACAUUCCACUGAAGUUCAUGACAAAGCCUUUGCUGACUUUAAUGGCUCUAUUGCACUCUUUAGUCCAUCAACUAAGAUAUUUUAGACCAUCAUAAGACCAUUUAAGAUAAAGCAUUAUAGCAAGUCUAACUGCUUUAAACUAUAGGUAUUUCUGAUUGAUUCAGAUUGAUAUGAGAGAGCAUUUUUAUAAACUACUUGCAGUUGCUUUUCUGAGACACCAAAUUUUGAGCCUUAUGUUUGUAUGCUGGAAUAUUUUACAGCAAAUUCUAAUUAGCAAGUGUGGUGGAGAGUGCCCUUAAGUCAUAGCUGACUUAUUACGACCCCUGGCAGGGUUUUCAUGGCAAGAGGCUAACAGAGGUCUUUUGACAUUGCCUGCCUCUGAAAUCUUGGUCAUUGGAGGUCACCCAUCAAAAUACUAACCAAGGCUGACCCUGCUUAGCUUUUGAGAUCUGACAAGAUCAGGCUCACCUGGGUUAUCCAGGUCAGGGCAAUUAGCAAGUGCUAGAAGUUAGGAAAAAUUUAAAAUUUACCUCAGUAUUGAUUUUUUUAUAUUAUUCCUGACAUACUAUGAGGAGAGAAGCAUUUAUGUACUUCAGAUGUUUUCCUAAAUACUGUAUUGUAUUUAUUGUCAUGGGGACAAAAUCAGACAUAAUUAUGCCUGCACGAAUAAGCCUAUAUUUAGCCUAUAUUUAGAAUGGUCUCAGAGUUACACUUUUAAAAGUAGGGCAAUUUUAUAAAAUUCAUAUGACCAUAUUGCAUUUUAAUGUAUAUUUGAUCUGUUUUGUCCAAAUAUGGUGCAUGUGAUAGCUGUUUAUAUUUUCAGGAUAAGAAAGGAGGCUAUGGAGCAUUGCUUCUCUCUGGCAAGCAGGCUCAUACUCAUUCACUAGCCAGACUAGAGGACCAGGGUCUUCUAACAGCUCUUGCCAAGGCUCUCCAACCUCUCUGUAAGUUAUGCUUCUGAAUGUACCCUGAAUAAAUACCAAAAGGGAAUUAAGUAUUUCAUUGAGCUCAGGUGCUUUCCUGUUUUUCUGUUCAAAGAAUCUAGCCAUAUAGGCAUGUAUACAUGGUAUACAGAAAAUGUGUUCUAUGUCUGUAUCAUGUACACUGUUCAGAAUGGACAAGGGUUCCAAUCCAACUUGCCAGAUGAUAAUGCUGUAUACUUAAUGGUAUACAUGACAGCAAAGAUAAUGCCUUCAGUGGGUGUUACAGCUUAGUUGUUCUCAAGUUUUAUGCAGGAAAACUCAUUCAGUGAGUUCCGCAGGGCAGUGCCAUGGACAUUAUUUUGAUAUUUUGCUUGUCAUUAGGAAAUCAAUACUUUUAGCAAGCACAUACUUUGGGAGGAGGGAGACAGCAUGUUUUUGUGGAGUAGUUCACCUUGGAUAGGAUGAUAGCACACCUGCUUUGGAACACGUGAAUAAAGAAAGAAAAUUGGUUUUACUGAGAGUUUCUAUAAAAUAUUAUGAACAUCCUUACCCUUAAGUAAGCUAAUCUGUUUAAUGGCUUUCUUGAUACGGUUUUUAAUUUGAUUUGUACUUACAAAAACAUUUAAGUUUCUAAUUCACAGAUCUCUGUAAACUUACUCUCAUGACGAAAGCAUCUUUUUCUUGGCACAGCACAAUGUGACACAGUUAAAAUUAUAUGCUACAUAGGUUACAAUGACUUUAGUUUAAAAGAGAGGGUAGUUACUUUAAAACAUGUUAAUGCUGCCUUGAAAGUCAUUUGAUGCUGGCACCUGUCAUGACAUUUUCAGAAUUUGCUGUGAGUUUCUGUGCCAUUUGUGUUCAAUAUUUGUUAGUGCACCUACAGUCUGUGACCUAGGAGGAUGAGCUGAUAAUAUGCUAAUAUAGUGCAUGAAUGGCUCAGUAAAAUAAAUUGAGGUGACAAUUGUAUAGAACACCCGUAUGGAUAAGUACCCCUUUCAAAUAACACCACUAACCCUUUUCACAUAUUACAGUGAAUGCAUGUACACAUGCAUCUACAUGUGUAUACCUUUCUGUACAAAAGAGCCAACAUGCAGGAACUAGUGCCUGGGAAAAUGUGCAGUUUUAAUCACAUGUUUACCUGUACAUGUAUUGAAUGUGAGAAUUACUUAAUGUGCUUCAGAAGACAAAGUGAACACUACACAGAUUGUACUUGCAUUCACUGUAACUUGUGAACAGAGUUCCUGCUACAUGCUUAAAGUGAGUUGGAGACAUUAUCUGAAAUGGUGAAGCUGGGGGAUGAGCUCUUUCUUUAUCAAGAAGGCUUCAUGUUUUGGUCCAAUAGGGUGUGUGCAUUUAACUGGGGCCUGGAAUUUGUCACCAUAGCAGCCUCAAAUCAUCUGUUAAGUGACUUCUCACUGAUUCUGAUGUUGUGCAAUUACUGAUUUCUUCUAAUAAUGUUCCUAAGAAUUCUGCUUGUACCCCGCCCCCACUAGUUACAUGCCAAUGAUGUACAGACUUGUGGCACAGGGUGCCACAAGUCCAAGCACCUUAAGAAUGCCACCUGUGUGCAUACUGCAGAACAUAUGUAGCCUGUCUAUCCCUUGUUCUUUGCGAUUGAUUUGCCUCUAAUUUACUGUACUAGUAGACAGGAGUGCAGGUUGGUUUCUAUGCUGCACAUGUCCAGGCUUGCUUCAGAUUACGCUGCCUGUGCCACUUGUGUCACUCAUGCUGUAUACUCUGGGGCCGUCUUAUUUAGAUCUUAGAAUAUGGCUGUAACCUUAUGAAUUGACAGCCGUGUUUUAUGCUGUAUUAAACAGAAUGCAAAUUCAUAAGAGACAGUUCUUUAAUCUUGGGUAAAUUAUUUACAAUUUCAUUGUUAGGCUGCAAGAAUACUGUAAUGUCGUAAUUGCUUUAUAGUGCCAUGGCUACUGCUAUUCUCCAAAAUAGUGUUUGCUGUUUUAUCUGCAUGUCUUCAGCUUUCAAAAAUGUAAAAAGAAACCCUGUUAAUAUAACAGAUCCAUUAAAACUUAGGAGUAACAUCAUGAUGAUUUACUUGAGCAUGUACAGAUAUAUUUCAGGGCUUCUAUUCUGAAGACAUCUCUGCAGGUUUGUUUCACAGUGAUAAUUUCUGGCUUAGAUAUUUAUGGAAAAGAUAUGUUUAGAGGCUAAAGCAGCCUCUUGUGCCACCUUUAAACAAUUUUAAACACUUGAGAUACAAUUCAAUCUAUUACUGUAAAGUAACUUUGGUAAGCAUAUUGUAUACACUUGUAAUCUUUUUUUAGUGUGCCCCUGCUCAUGUAUCAUUGUUUUGUACAUUCAGCUUUAAUGGUAUGCUGUAUGUAUGUACUUGCUGGAUUGUAAGAAUAAAAUUGAGUCUUGCACAAUA